AUGCUAUUUGAGCCCUGUGGUAAUCUCCUACAAGACUAUAGCGUGUGUUGUGAGGUGCUUCGUCUUACCGAGCGUGAGGAAAUCUAUAGUUCGAUCAUGACUAGCGAUGAUAUAGUGAAGCAGCGCGAACGGUAUAUAACUCGAGCAUCUGGAACUGAAAAUUUUGGCUUUUGGAAUAAUACCCUUCUUUCAGGGGAGAGUCUUUUCCAGAGCUCCAAAAUUAUUGAUAAAGGGGUAGUACCGAUAUUAUCUUCACUUACCAAUCCCGAAGACCAAAAUGAAGUCGAUAGGAGAGGAAGAGGUUCGUUACUCAAACCAAAUUCUACAGCACUAGAUUCGAAUCGAAAAAAAGGAUCUAUUUCACAAAGUAAGGGUCGUAAGAAUUCGACUACAGUUGAAGGUAAUACUUCUGAGGGUAUUUCUCUUCCCACAAAGACACUUUUCACUAUAGUCUCUUUACGUAACGCUAAGUUUUGUAUUAACCAGCGGGAUAUGGCACCCCUAACGCGCGCCAUACCUCAUUGCACCUCACUGGUUUCGGUGGAGAUGGUGAGAUGUGGGUUGUCGGUGGAAAGUUAUAUGUUGUUAGUGGAGUCCAUCUUUAAAAGUCGUCUAGUAAUCAAUGUUGCUGUAGAUUUCAAUUAUUUGCCACACACAGGUUUUGUAGCUGAUCCCACUCUGCCACCUUCAGAGAGCUUUCCAACAGACAAAGGGAGUAAACUGGAGACAAAGGGUGCUACCGCCAUAAUAGAGGUCGCUCCACAUAACCCUGAACUUUGCAUCCGCACUUCUACCCUCGCACGGACCGAGACGGUAACUGACAAACCUAAGAAACGAUCACAGAGUCCAGGCUCUAAUAGCGCUAUAUCACUUCAUCAUGAGAAGGCUAAAGCAACGACUAUUAUCGCACCGGUGGAGAAUAGGCCUUGUACUGUUUACCUCAACCCCACUGAGCUCUGCGGUUUGCAUCUUGUCCCCACAUUGCUUGAAGAGCAGCUUCAGGAGGAGAAAGGAAGAAAAGGAAAGGUUGAUCCAAAGAAGCUGAGCCAAUUACAGUCCCAGCAAGAGUUACUUCAACAGUUCAAUGACUCCCAUCGGAUCAUGCUUCCACGCGGCUGGGAAGGGAUGCUUUUCACUGGUGUUAAAUAUUUGAGCCUGCGAGGCAAUGGGAUUGAUGAUAUUUCAGUCAAGUGCAUUGUGGAAACCAUUCUGUGUAACCCUUACACGCAAUUACUUUCACUAAACUUAUGGGGUAAUCGCAUCACUGAUACAGGCGCGAGUUAUUUGGCUGUUCUUUUGCAAAAAAAUCGAAUCCUGCGAGCGCUUGAUAUUGGACACAACCUCAUUGGGGAUAUCGGUUUGCUUGAUAUUAUUGAUAGUUUUCGUAUGGUAGAGCUCACUAGUUCUGAGCAGAUCGCCGCCUAUCGCAACCUAAUGCUCACCCGUCCGAACGCCAGCGAGGCGGAGCGCAUGGCCGCGCCGCAAACGGUUUCGCACACGGCGUAUCCCACCUACCAGGAUCUUUACAACCAGUGGUUCUCGCAGGUGAUUCGACCCUCUCAGAUGCUUUUGGAUGAAAAAGGUGUCAGUGCCCCGAACGGCUACCCGUUAACGCGAAGACGAUCCCUAACGAAUAAUGUUAGCAAACUUAUCGGUUCUAAAGGCACUGCGAGUGGGGCUGGUAAGAAUGAAGCAAUGGCGACCAUUCAGCGCCCCAUCACACCCUUUGACCGGUUUUGUGUUCGGGUACCGGUACUUGACGAGGCCGGUGCGGCGACCUCGGGGUUUGUAGUGCGAGCCCCUGGGAAUACCGUGCUCGAGAUGCUUAGUCUUGGUGAGAAUGAGUCCAUUACUUUAUCAGGAGCUAUUGAGGCAUGUCGGCGAUUGUCAAUGCACGAACCACACACCGAUGAGGAGAUGCAAUCCAUGUCUGUCCCUUCCGAAAACAAUAGUAGGUGGAACUCAGCUUCAGGUGAUCGGAGUCACGGCACUUACCCUGAUGCUAUAGUUCCAAAUGUUCUUAAUAAAGCCAAUACACAUAGCAUGAAUACUAGUAUUUUUCCACCUGUGCAGACGCCAGAGCUUCAUUGUGCUGAUUUACACCUGCGGACAUGCAUAGUGAGCUCUUUUCAGUUUAGUAAAAGGUACUCCUGGACUGAAAUGCAGAAGGUACAGAAGCAAAUUCAGGAAGCCUUGGAACGAUGGUCAACCUUGAAUACUGAGCGGGCUUCACAAGCAACUGAACCUAUAGGGAAUCAAACCAAGUCGGACGAAUAA